ACGAGCGGAAUUAAGCAGCCCUACAUAGUCAAAAACGAAAGCAGUCAAAAAUAUAAGUGGCAGCAGCGCUGCUAGGCCGUCCUGGGGAAGACAUGCGCGCCACCUGUUUGAAAGGGGCCCCGCGGCCUAUCUUCAAACCGAGGCGGAUACACCGCCGGACGUAGUUGCUUCUGCUAGGUGGCGGCGGGCAGGGUUUUGGGCCUGCGCUCAUGAAAGACCUGGGCCCACCCCAGCAUGGCUUGAUCGCAUUGUUAUCAUGCGGGCCGCUUUGCCAGCAAACAAAACAACAAGCGCAGCCUGCGACUACUUUGUUGUCUCCACGAAGCCGCAAACCCCGGGCCGAAAUGCCUUGGGAUAGGAGCGCAAGCUCUAAACCCCACGGCCGCUACGGCGUCGGAGGGUAUGUGCCCACGGAAAGCCCCCAAAGAGGGGCAAUCUCGUGCGCUAUUGCACCGGCCGACGCCGUCGGGGCUCGAGCGCCAACCACGCGAAGGGGGGCCGCUUGAAGGUAAAUCACGAGUAUGGUUUGGGCGUUUCUGUGUGCUCCAUGUGGCUCGAGGAGGUGCAUGGGCGAGGCAAGCUAGGCGCGCAAAGGGUCGCGGGGGAUCGUGGCGGCCCCGGAGCUAACGGUCGAGCAGUUCGGGCUGUAGAGCGCCACUCCACAGGGGCGCGAAGGGCAUGGUGGUGAUGGUGGGGGCGCAGAAAUGUUGAAAAAAGGCGCCACAGCGCCGCGAUUCGGUGAAAAUGAAUUCGGUUUCGGUUCCCCGACCUGUAUCGGUGGUUUUCGUUCAUGGAGGGCCUCCAUCCGGACCUCUAUCUUGGGAACCAUCGAGAGCCGGUAUCACGACCUGACGCUCGAUCCAGAUAGAGGUCAUUUUGGACCGCUUUUUUCCCCAAAAAAGACCUCAUUUGAAUCGCUCCCUGCAAAAAUCCAGCUUUUGAGUACUGCCCGCUUGAUAGUUGCUCCAAAAAUACAUCUUUCCAGCAAUUUUGCUGCACUUUUUGGCUCUUUUGCAAUGGCGCAGCGCCUGAUGGGCAGCUGCAAUGCUUAAAGGCGGCGCCCCAUUUUGCUGCCGAAAAAAGCCGAACGUCUUGCCGAAGAGAAAUAACGAGAACGACAGGCCACCACCGCGGAAGCUAGCGGAGCUUUUUGAUUGAUGGCGAGGUUGGCAUACGCCUCCCGGACAUAUCCUUUUCACAAUCUCAUUUUCAUCAGCACAUCGACGCAUCAGGCACAUUUUGCAUCAGGGAAGUGUUAUUU